UCCCCCCAAAACGCAGUGUGCAUGGUGCAGAUCAGCCCUCUCCUCCACAAAAUCCACCUCUACCCUCCCUAUCCUAUACCCCAAGAGCUCGUUAGCCAGUCAGCGUCAUCCAAUUCAAUUUAAAGCUCCCUCACUGACUAUUUCGCGAUGCAAUGCAAUGCAAUUAUCACUUUGUUUGUCUAAACCUACUCAGCACUUGAAGAACCCUCUAAUGGCUGCAUCCGGGUCGGGUUCCAUCAUGUGGUUCAGGAAGGCGCUUCGGAUCCACGACAACCCAGCCUUAGAAUAUGCUUCCAAAGGGUCUGAUUUUGUUUAUCCAGUUUUUGUGAUUGACCCGCAUUACAUGGAGCCAGAUCCAAAAGCCUUCUCUCCAGGGUCAAGGCUCGCCGGACUGAACCGGAUCCGUUUCCUGCUAGAGAGUUUAGUUGAUCUCGACACGAGUCUCAAGAAGCUGGGUUCGAGGCUGCUGAUCUUAAGAGGAGAGCCAGGUCAGGUUUUGAUUCGGUGCUUGAAAGAAUGGGGUGUGAAAAAGCUUUGCUUUGAGUAUGACACUGACCCACAUUAUCAAGCUUUAGAUAUUAGAGUUAAGGAAUAUGCCUCUGCAGCAGGGAUUGAAGUUUUUUCUCCUGUCAGUCACACACUUUUCAAUCCAGCAGAUAUCAUACAAAGGAAUGGAGGAAAGCCCCCACUGACUUACCAAUCAUUUCUAAAGCUCUCUGGACAACCUUCAUGGGCAUCAUCCCCACUUUUAACCUCUAUUUCCUCACUUCCUCCAGUCGGAGAUGUUGGAAGCUGUGAGAUUUCAGAAGUUCCAACUAUCAAAGACCUUGGUUAUGGAGACAUUGAACAAGAAUGGAUUCCUUUCAGAGGAGGCGAAUCAGAAGCAUUGAAGAGGUUGAAAGAAUCAAUCAGUGAUAAGGAGUGGGUAGCAAAUUUUGAGAAACCUAAGGGCAAUCCUUCUGCGUUUGUAAAACCUGCAACAACUGUGCUAUCACCGUACUUAAAGUUUGGCUGUCUCUCUUCCAGGUAUUUCUAUCAAUGCCUUCAAGAUGUCUAUAAAAACGUCCAGAAGCACACGUCACCACCUGUAUCUCUUGCAGGCCAGUUGUUAUGGAGAGAUUUUUUCUACACUGUGGCUUUUGGCACUCCCAAUUUUGAUCGGAUGGAGGGCAACAAACUAUGCAAGCAGAUACCAUGGAAUGAUGAUGAUGAAUUGCUAGCAGCUUGGAGGGAAGCUAGAACAGGAUACCCUUGGAUUGAUGCCAUCAUGGUCCAGCUCCACAAGUGGGGUUGGAUGCACCAUCUAGCACGGCAUUCUGUUGCAUGUUUUCUCACUCGUGGGGAUCUGUUUCUUCACUGGGAAAGAGGUCGUGAUGUUUUUGAGAGACUUCUGAUUGAUUCAGAUUGGGCAAUAAAUAAUGGAAAUUGGCUAUGGCUAUCAUGUUCAUCCUUUUUUUACCAGUAUAACCGUAUCUACUCACCAAUAUCAUUUGGGAAGAAGUAUGAUCCAAAUGGUAAUUAUAUAAGACAUUUUCUCCCUGUAUUGAAAGAUAUGCCAAAGGAGUACAUCUAUGAGCCAUGGACAGCUCCACCAGGCAUUCAAAGAAAAGCAAAGUGCAUAAUAGGAAGAGAUUAUCCAAAACCAGUUGAUUUGCCAUGCAUUUGCAUGCAGAUGGGAGUUAUACUUAUUUUCACCCUCAUGCUUGUUUCAGUGGUGUAUCAUGAUUCUGCAAGCAAAGAGUGCAAGAGGAAGUUGGCAGAAGCCUAUGCAUUAAACCAAAAAUUGAAUGGCCAGCUGAGCCAAGAAGAUUUAGAUAAUCUAAGGAGAAAAUUGGAGCAAGAUGAAGACCUAGAGCCAAAAAUUAGAAGGCAAAGACAAAAGGUUGGUCCCCUGACCUGAGAAGCUUUCUGCAAAACUUCUCAGGGAAAGAGGAAGAGGAGGCGUUGGAUAUAAUUAAAGUAAAUUUUGGAUUUUAUUGAUUCAGGCUGACCUUCCAGCAGGCAUGAGGCAAGGAAAUUUAGACGUAAGCUCUUGGCGAGAACAUAAUAUGGCUGUAGGAAAAUUCUAAAUGUUCAAGCUGCUCGAGCAGCUUAGUUUGAUUCAGCUUUCUUGAAGAGAAGUGCUUUUC